UUCCAUGCUUGGAGGGCAAUGAAUUGAUAUGUAAAAGUUGAACUGAUCAAUUUGUGAACAUGUAGGAAAGUUUUACUUAAAAAACAGAAUAUUAUUGGAAAAUUCAAUUGUUCUGUGCAUUCUAAUUUAUUUGUUUAAAUAAUUAUCGAAUUCCAAAAUUAUAUUGAUUAUUCCUUGAAUUCUAUCCAUUUGCAACUUUUGUCAAAUCCCAAAUGGAUAUUUUAGAGUUCAAGGAUGUAAAACCCGUGCCAGAUCAGUUCCAUCCGUACACUGAAAGUUUGAAAAACGACAAAGUCCCUAUUAUUAUAGACAAUGGUUCGUAUAAUUGUAGAGUUGGAUGGGCUACUAUGGAGAAGCCUUUAUUGGUUUUCAAGAACGUUCUAGCAAAAUCGAGUAAAUCCAGACGUGAAAAAUCGAAAAAGGAUAAUGAAAUACAAAUUGGAAAUGAUAUAAGCAAUAUAGAGGCCAUUAGAUUUCAACUUAAAACCCAAUUUGACAGAAAUGUUGUAACACAUAUGGAAGUCCAAGAGCAUAUUUUGAAUUAUGCUUUCUCCCAUUUAAGCAUUGAUACGGACAAUUGUGUGAAUCAUCCGAUAGUUAUGACUGAAGCUCUUCUCAAUCCUAAUUAUUCUCGAAUGUUGAUGUCAGAAUUGCUUUUUGAAUGCUAUACUGUACCAAGUGUAUGUUACUGUGUAGACAGUCUUGCAAGUUAUUGGAGAAAGCCUUCUGAAAAUAGCACUUCACUUUUAGUUGAUUUAGGUUAUUCUACAUGUCAUGUUAUUCCUAUUAUAAAUGGAAACUUCGAUGCAAAUCAGUUACGAAGACUUGAUCUUGGCGGUCAGCACAUUACAUCCUACCUACAUAGGCUUCUUCAGCUUAAAUAUCCAGCACAUUUCACUUCCAUUAAUCUUUCGAGGGCUGAGGAGUUGCUUCAUAACCAUUGUCAUGUUGCUACAAAUUAUAUGGAAGAAUUGUCAAACUGGUCUGAUCCUGAAUAUUAUGAUGCAAACGUUCGCUGUAUACAAUUACCUUUCAAUUAUUCCACCUCAACAUUAACUCCUGAACAACAGAAAGAAAGAAGGAAAGAACUUGCCAGACGUUUGAUUGAAAUUAAUGCCAGGAAAAGAGAAGAGAAGCUUGCUGAAGAUGAAGAACAAUUAAAUCAACUUUUAGCAAUUCAGGAUUUGAAGGAUGAAGGUGAAAUGGCAGAAUUCCAAAACGCUAUAGCUGAAAUUGGUUUAAACUCAACGGAUGAAUUGACAAAAUUAAUCAAUCAAGUACAAUUACGUAUCGAGAGGACACGGCAAAAAAUAGCUAAUACGAUGGCAAAUAAUAUGGAAGACCCAAUUGCAGAGGAUACAAGGCAGAAAAUUCCUAAACAGUUUCAAACACCUAAAUGUGAAGAGGAUUUUAAAACAUGGGUUGAAAGCGUUCGUAAAAAAAGGGAAGAGUUACUUGAAAAACGAGCAGUCAGAAGGCAAAGAAGGCAAGACAUGGCAAAACGGAGAACAUUAGCGUCUGUCGAAAGAAUGAGACUUAUAUCUCAGUUAGCAGCAAAUAAUGAAAAACGUGAUGAUGAUUUUGGAAGUCGGGAUGAAGAUUGGGAUGUUUAUAAGGCUAUCAAUAAGGAGGGAGAUAGCGAUAGUGAAGGUGAAUCAGAAAAGCUUCUAGAACUGGAAGAAGUUCUUCGAGCUCAUGACCCUACAUUUUUAACCUAUUGUCCUAACAAUGCCACCCAAGGAGGCGAAGCUCCAGCAGAGUCUUACAGACUACAUGUUGGCAUUGAAACAAUUAGGGCACCAGAAGCUCUAUUCUCUCCCUACUUGAUUGGAAGUAUGCAAGCAGGCAUAAGUGAUGUCAUAGCUUGGGUAAUAAAGCAAUAUCCAAACGAUAUUGCAGAAAUGUUAUCUAAAGAUGUUUGCCUGACAGGCGGACUUGCUAGAAUCCCUGGGAUAAAAGAUAGAAUCCUUUCGGAUUUAAUCGAAGUUCGACCAUUUAAAUCUGAAAUCAAUGUGAGGAUAUUACCGACACCUUCUUUUGGAGCUUGGAAAGGUUGUAAAAUGUUGGCAGGAUCUGCUGAUUUUACGAAUAAUUUUAUAACUCGUGAAGAAUAUUAUGAAAAAGGUGGAGAUUAUUUAAGGGAACAUUGUGCUUCAAAUGUUUUUACACCUUCUCCACUUUCAUUGGCCCAUAUUGAGGCACAUGCAGCAAAACCAGAUUAUGUUGAUUUGGAUCAACAUUAAAUCCUCGAAAACUAAUUUAAGCUGCAAUUAUUAUUUUUAUUUAUUAUAAAAACAUCAUUUGUUUUCCAAAUGUAAUGACUAAAUUGAAUAAUUUUAAUUUAUAAAAGUAAUAAAAUUAUGUCAAUUCAAGCGUUCGUAAAUUUGGUGUUUUUGACUAUUUUGAUCUCUCAGUUGUCACUGUUAUUAUCCAUCAGAUAUUUUUUCAGAUUUUCCCACAGAUCUCAAAAAUAAAUGUCACAAGUUUGUAAAUUGAUGUCAUUAGGUCAUUGUUCAAAUCAAAUCCUUGUAACUUAACAUAACUCAAUCAGAAAUGUUUCUUAUCCACCCAAGGUUAAUGAAAUUGAGAAACAUUUAUUAUUAACAAUUUAAAAUAUUAUGACAUAGAUUACUGCAUGGAAUUAUAAGACUCGGUUAUAAUAUUUAAA